GUUGGUAAAUAAAACGGGAUUUUAUAUUUGUGUUAACAUUUCAUUCUUGUAGGUUGGAAUAUUUUUUUUCCAUUUCACUGUUUUAUUAUAUUUAUUUAUAGUGCACUAUUCCCACAAAAUGCUUCUGACCUUCUCAUUUCUCCCAACACGGGGACAAGGAAACCUUUCGAGAACGAAGUGGCCGAUGUCUUUUCAAAAUUAAAAAAAAAAAAAAAAAGUUCAUUACUUGAAAAAAGUAAUCUUAAGUAACUCGCGUUACUUGUAAUCCCUUACCCGCAACUACAGUUACAGCAGUACGGCUAAUAUAUAACAUAUGCUUGACUGUCUAUGUUUUCUAUCUGCAGAAACCACAAAUGAGCACAACCCGAGUUUGUAAAACAAUUAAGUUUCAUACAUAGAAGUGAAAACCCGGUAUGGAGCCGCUUAUAAUAGUAAGUACGGGACGCUUUAAUAACGUUCCGCUCCAUUCAAGCGGUUCCUGACCAGCUUUCAGUCUCUUUAACGCGCACAACCUAUGCCCAGAGUUUCCCAGUUACCCCUGGAAAGUUCCUAAAAGCGUAAUUACACCAUCAGGUGCAAACCAGAGCUUUCACAAACGGAAGCUAUCUUGGUAUCUGUAGUUCUGUAAAAAUCAUCCCGGCCUCGAGCUGAAUCACAGCGCAGAUGAAUUCAUCACCCGCCUGAGAACAAUCACAAGUUUCCACUUUUGUCCUGUUGUGCUCAGAGAAGUCGUUGCGCAAUCGUACGCGGCGUUACGAAACUGCCAAGCUGUCACUUCUGUUAUUUUCGCGAUGGUAAAAUAUCGCCUAAUUCACACUGGCAUUUCCACCGCGAUCUAUAAAAAGCCCGCGCGGCAGAAUUUCUUCAUAUCUGCCUGUAGGACCCGCGACCUGCCCGAGACUGGAAAGUACGCGGAAGCUCGACGCGGGUGUCCCUCCCAGUGUUUCUGGGCUGUUAAACCGGCAGCUUUUCGGGUCGCGUCAGCCCCAUUCGCCGGGUUUGAAGGUAAGCGCCGAUCGCCGACAUGGACGGGCGCGCGCCUGGAGGACCCCGGGAUACGGACGCAGGUAAAAACCGAGCCACCGUGCGUACGUGGCGGUCGCGGCGUGUUCCGUCUGAACGAGCUCUUGGUUUUGCAGCGGUCGUGGUGAGUCGUCGCGGAUGGAACGCCGCGGAAGCUCGGGACCGGACGGAGAUGAAGGGUCCCGCGCGGACGGUGAUCGUUCACCACACGGCGCUCCGGUACUGCUCGCGUCCGCGCGACAGCCUCUCCGAGCUCGCGCGCAUUCAGCGCAUGCACAUGCAGGAAAGGGGCUUCGACGAUAUCGGUUACAACUUUCUGAUCUCUGGAGACGGGAUGGUGUAUGAAGGGAGAGGAUGGGGGAUUGUAGGGGCGCACGCCAAGGAACACAACUUCCAUUCUGUUGGCGUCGCGUUUAUGGGCAACUUCAAUGAAUUUCCCAGUGCUGCGUCGAAGUCCGCUCUGCUGAGACUGCUGCAGGUCGGAGUGCUUCGGGGUCACGUGCAGCCCAAUUUUGUGCUCGUGGGACACAGAGACGUGGCAAAAACUGAGUGUCCAGGGAACAACUUAUAUGCCGUACUACCAAAACUAAACAUUUCUGUGCACAAUUUGCAUUGAACCCCUGUUGUGUGCGUAGCAGUGUGUAUAUGUGAAAAUGAAUGAUGCUGUAUAUAUUAUGAUACUAUAUUUUUAUAUUUUAUGAGGGGUAUUUUACAGAUGAUUUCUUUCAGGACUAGACUUGAAAUCUCCAAUAUCGCUAUUAAGUUACGUCUAGCGUUUCCUUCUACAGAAAAACCUCAGGUAGGCUAGUUCAGAUAGACUGUACAGUGCAAUAAAGUAGUACUCAGGUGUCAAAUAUCCUAGAAAACUAAAAGGUUUGCACAUAAACCUUUCUAAUUUCCCAAGCCUUUUUGUACCAGUUACAUAUCUGUUCAAUGUUGUGCACCGGUGCCUUUUUAUAAUGUACAACCAAUGCUCAUUGUCGUGUGUGAUUUUAUCAUUAAACUCAUAUUUAUUAUUACA